AUGAGCACAAGCAGCCUCUCUUGGGACCAGGCUGUUCUCCAGCCGCCAGUGUGUGAUGCAUGGAAGGAGAUUAUGGAGGGAGCAGCCUACCAGCUGGCCAGCUGCAUCGUCCUCCUGGGUUACAUGGGGGGAAGUGGCAUCUUUGGGUCCCUCUAUAUCUUUGGCCUCCUGGCCCCAGGCUACUUCUGCUACGCUCUGUGGGGCUGGCUAAGCGCCUGCGGGCUGGAUAUCUUCAUCUGGAACAUGCUACUCGUCCUCACCUGCUUGCUUCAGCUGGCUCACCUGGCUUACCGACUCCGCAGAGACACCAUCCCAGAAGAGUUUGACCUCCUCUACAAGACCAUGUACCUGCCCUUGCAGGUGCCUCUGGAAGUCUACAAAGAAAUUGUGAAGUGUUGUGAAGAGCAAGUCCAGUCGCUAGUCAGAGACCAGAAUUAUGCGGUGGAGGGCAAGACGCCCAUUGACCGCCUCUCGUUGCUGCUGUCUGGCAGGGUCCGAGUGAGCCAGGACGGACAAUUCCUUCACUACAUCUUUCCGUACCAGUUCCUGGACUCUCCAGAAUGGGAGUCACUGCGACCCUCUGAGGAAGGAACUUUCCAGGUAACCUUGCACAGCCCCACAGCAGCCCAGCUUCACUCCUUGCUGCUCCGUU